AAAAAAGAGAAAACCCUAAGAAAAAACGGAAGUUAAAAUUGAGAAAUGUCGAAUAGCUUGGCAACAAGACGAGAUCUAUUGGGCCGCUGGAGAGCCAUCGAAGAAGAAGAAGAUGACGAUGACGCUCACGACCCUUCCAAACGACGCCGUCUGCAUCACCUUAAGGAGCAAUGGUUUGCAGACGCAUUUAAUUUAUUAAUUUGUUUGCCAAAAGAAACUCAUAUCUGGUGUGGCUCUUGGGAAUUAAUGGGCCCUCUUUUGGAGACGUUCUACAAUUACUUUAAAGAUGAGAAUCCUGAUUCUCCUCUCAAGCGUUUAUGGAAGAGGAUCACUGAAGAAAUGCGGCAAUGCAUCCAGUGCAUCUCUCAGCACCAUCAAGCCCUAGAGACAUACAAUAUGGAGUAUGAGCAGAGUUGCAUCAGUCCCCUUCUUGAUGUGUUACGAUGUCUUGAUGAGGAAAGGGUGACUCAGUGCUUGAGAGAGAUCAAAGCAAGAAUAGCACGGGAAGAAUAUGAUCCAGCUUGUGAUAAUGCUGAAGUUGUUAGUGUCAUGUAUGAGGUUUUGAUGUUCCCUAUCCUGUUGGAUGAUCAGUCAUUGUUCACUGAAUUUGAAACAUUUAUUGAAGCAAUUGAUAGUAAGCAUGAACUGGCUUUGGAUAGACAUCAACAGUUUCCGGGUAUUUAUGCAUUGUUUUUUUUCAAAAGAGGAGUGCGUUCUGUUGGUCAUCGUCUUGCUGGAUCUAUGGGAAAAUUGACGAGAGUAACAGACUUGGAACCUUUGCAGCCUUUGCUUAAGAAAUUUAUAGGCUUUUUGGAUACAGAAGUUUUGCCAUCAACUUUUGAGACUUCAAGGCCAAGAGCGAAGCUGGACCGUGUGUCCAUAUGGCUUGGAAUAAAAUCAUUGCUUGGGUUCUUAGAACCUCCAGUUUUUGAAGAAGGGAUAUUGGAACGCUACCCCAUUUUUCUUGACCUUGUACUCAAUCAUAUCAGUGGCGAUUCGGUUGUGUUUUCUCAUGCAGUUACUUGCUUGAGACUACUCUUUGAAAUGCUUGGUUGUAAGCUUUGGUUGAGAUCUACGUUGUCUCCAAGUGUGAUGCGCAACACUCUAUUGGGUCAGUGUUUUCAUUCUCGAAACGAGAAAAGCCAUAAAGACAUUUUUGAUCUUUUUCAGCCUUUUCUGCAGUCUCUUGAAGCUUUGCAAGAUGGGGAACAUGAAAAACAACGUAGGCAUUUUCUAUAUUUUCUCCUUCAUCAAGUGCCAGUGAGCAGUAACUUCAGUGUAUUAACAAGAAAAAAGGCUUGCCAGAUAGCUCUUCUUAUUAUACUCCGAGGUUAUAAGAUGAACCCGCCAUGCCCACCUUUUGAAUGUGCACAUAUGUGGGGCCCUUCUCUUGUGUCAUCCUUGAAGGAUUCUUCACUCCACAGUUCUCUGAGGCAACCUGCCUUUGAUCUUAUACAAACUAUUAUAGUCUCUGAUGCUGCUGCCCUUAUAACUACAAUGCUGCUGAAUUGCAGCAUGCCUUGGAGUAUUGAUAGAAACAUGUCUCACGACUGUGAUGAUGAUGAACAAUCUGAUGGGCUUCCAUUUACUCCAGAUGUUGAAGAGGAGGAUAAUAGUUCUUGGAGGGAAUUCAGUGUGCAGAGUAAAAUUUCUUCUCGGGAAUAUCAAGGGUGGAUGUGCAUUCCCAUGCUAUGGAUUGACGUUCUAGUUGAAAUUGAUCCCUUAGUCUUUCCAAUAUCAUUUUCCAAGGCUGUUUUCUGGGCUCGAUCUCGUUUUUCUUUGGUUGAAGCUGAAAGCAGUGCAGAAACGGCACUUCCAGUGAGAACUUGGCUUUUAUCCUCUUCUACAGAGAUCUCCACUUCUUUUAGUUGGAAAAUCCCAACUGGUUCUGAUGAUGGUGGAGAGGGGAAGGAGCCAACAAACUCAGUAAAAGUAUCGUCAAUGUGUCUCCCUUUAAUAAGAACAUUCAGCAGGUUAACUACACACUUCAUAGUUCAAGUGGGGCAAAGAGAAAUCCGGAAGCAGUGGACGUGGGAAUCAAGGAUGGGUGAAAGCUUGACACUUUCACUUCUGGAUCCCAAUGAUAAUGUGAGGCAGUUUGGGAAGUGUAUCUUGGAACAGGUUUCAAAUACACGGGGUCUUGCUUAUGGUUUGAAGUUUCUCUGCUCUAAUAGAUCUUCAUUGUUAGCCAUUUUUCUGGGCUUGACACAUGCUUGUAAAUUGGUUCGACUGGAUUCUGUUUUAGAAAAGUUUCAAAUUUUACAACAUUUUUUCUUUGUUCUACGCAAAUUACUCGAAGAAGGGGAUUUACCUACCCUAGGUUUUCCUGGAAAUUCAUCUGAUAAUUUAAAUAUCACGAGCUUCUCUUCCCAAGGAGGAUUUCUGAGGCAGCCAGCCUUUGAUUCAUUGCUGGUGAAUGUCAAUGAUCAUUCUUCAAAUGAUAACCUGAAAGCACAGGAAAAGUUCAUUUACUUACUAUCAGAAACUGCUUGGCCUUCUAUUCGGAGGUGCUUAGUAGAAGGGAAGGCAUUUAUUGAUCACAGUUUUUGUCAGAUGACUUGUGUCCGCUUACUUGAGAUCCUCCCUGUUGUUUUUGAAAUAAUUUACCCAUCCUUUUGUAAAAAGCCUGGGGAUUCCCGAAUGAUGGUGGAAAGUUUAUGUAACUUCUCGUGGCUAAAUGACCUGAUGGAUUGGGGAAAGUCAUCGCUCAAAGUCCUAAUUGUGUAUUGGAAACGGACAGUUUCUAUUUUGCUGUCUUUUCUCAGACGUUCAUUUGGUGACACUGCUACAAUGAUAAUCAGUACCAUUGAAAAUCUAAUAUCUUGCGAUAACUUUGCCACGGAUGAAUUGAUGGAACAAGUUUCACGUCUUUCUGUGUCAUUAUCUAAGGAAGCUUCUUGUAACAUGGGAGGGACGAUCUUUAGGUCAAAAUCUUUAAUUCCUGAGUGCUUGUCUAAUGAGAAGAAGCGUUCAGUUUCAGAUGUGCAGCCAGUCUCUGCGGAUGAUAGAGAUGUGCAGAUCUUGGACUUGAUAACAGAAGCUCAUGAAAAGGAUAGAGAUAAUAUGAUUGUUCUGUCUGACAGUGAAACUGAAGAACCUAUAUCAGCUGAUAAGGUCGUACAAUCUGAUACUGAGACAGGUUCCUGCAUUUUGGAUGGAAAGGCUGCAGGUCCUGGGAGCGCAUUGCAUUCUGACCCUGCAAAGAAGAACGUUUCUGGCACUGACACUUCUAAGAAUUGCAAGGAGACUUUUCAGCAAAAAGAUGCCACUAAUGGUUCUAUGGUUGCUUCUCAGGAUAAGAGCUUUGAUAGAUUAAAAGGUAUACCAGCAUCUGCUUCUCCCUUCGAAUCCAAAGAUGUAGAUAGUAAGAGGAAAGAAAUAGACUCCAAAUACAAAAAAAAAGAGUCUCAAUCCCAGAAUGGAAUUAAUCUUAGUAACUCUUCUGUUCUGAAGGAGACAGUACGCUAUAUUGAAGAUGAUCCAUUGGAGUCUGCACUUAAAUCUGCAAGACUUCAACAGUCAUUUAUGGCAAAGUCAAAUACUUUUCUUCCAAAACGACAAGUCAUUCAGCUUAAAUCUUCUUUUCUAAAUAGAUUUGGCCAUUUACAUAGACCAGGGGCUGGAGUGAAAAGGUUCCAGCCGCCAAAGCUCGAUGACUGGUAUAGACCCAUUUUGGAAAUUGAUUACUUUGCAACUGUUGGAUUAGCAUCCGCAGGUGAGGAUGGGAGUCGAACUGUUAGCAAAUUGAAGGAGGUUCCUGUGUGUUUUCAAUCACCUGAACAAUAUGUGGAGAUUUUUCGGCCACUGGUUUUGGAGGAGUUCAAAGCACAGUUACACAGUUCCUUUCUGGAAAUGCCUUCAUGGGAAGAGAUGUAUUUUGGAAGCCUAUCUGUGAUGGUGGUUGAGAGAGUUGAUGACUUUCACCUGGUUCGAUUUGUUUAUGAUGACAAUGAUUCUGCAGCUUCUAGAAGCCUUUCAGAAAAUGAUCUUGUUUUGAUAACAAAAGAGCCUUUGCAAAAAUCUUCCCAUGAUAUUCAUAUGGUUGGAAAGGUGGAGAAACGUGAGAGAGAUAACAAGAGAAGGUUAACUAUAUUAGUUAUCAGGUUCUAUCUUCAAAAUGGGUUUUCACGGUUAAAUCAAGCUAGAAAGAACCUCAUUGAACGAAGUAAAUGGCAUGCAAGUCGCAUCAUGAGCAUUACACCUCAACUCAGAGAAUUUCAGGCACUGUCAUUAAUUAAGGACAUCCCCAUACUUCCAGUAAUUUUAAAGCCUGUCAAUGAUUCUCUUGGUAAUGACGCAUUCAAGGAAGUGGAUCUGGGUAAGCUGUCCCAACCCUUGCAGGAAGUACUGAGAUCAUCAUUUAAUGACAGUCAACUUCAAGCUAUAAGUGUUGCUAUUGGAUCACCUAAGUUGAAGAAGGAUUUUGAAUUAUCUCUUAUUCAGGGUCCUCCAGGUACUGGCAAGACCCGAACUAUUUUGGCCAUUGUCAGUGGCUUGCUUGCUUCACCUUUACAGAGGACAGGUAUUGCAAAACAUUCCCUUGGUGCCAGUUUGAAAACAAAUAGUAUGAUAUGCACCAAAUCGAGUCCACGGAUUAGCCAGACUGCUGCAAUUGCAAGGGCAUGGCAGGAUGCAGCCUUGGCUAAACAAUUGAGCGAGGAUGUCCAUAGAAAUUCAAAAUCUGUGGAAAGUUCAGCAAGAGGAAGAGUGCUUAUCUGCGCUCAGUCGAAUGCUGCAGUUGACGAGUUAGUAUCUAGAAUUUCUAGUCAAGGCCUUCAUGGCAGUGAUGGAAAGAUGUACAAGCCAUAUCUUGUAAGGGUUGGCAAUGUGAAGACAGUCCAUCCAAAUUCACUACCAUUCUUUGUUGAUACACUUGUUGAUCAACGUUUGGUGGAAGAGAGGAUGAAAGUUUGCAAUGAAAAGAACGAAACAAGUGUGGACUCUUUAGUGGCUCUGCGCUCUAACCUUGAAAAAUUAGUUGACCGUAUCAGAUUCUUUGAAACCAAGCGUGCUACCUUAAGGGAUGGAAAUGAUGAUGUUAAGAAUUCUUCGGAAGAAAUGUCUGAUACAGAAAUAGGGUUGAAGCUAAGAAAACUUUAUGAACAAAAGAAGCAAAUUUAUAAAGAUCUUAGUAAUGUUCAGACACAGGAGAAGAAAGCUAAUGAAGAAAUUAAAUUUCUUAGACGUAAGCUUCGGAAGUCUAUAUUACAGGAAGCUGAGAUUGUGGUAGCUACGUUAAGCGGCUGUGGUGGAGACCUGUAUGGAGUGUGUUCUGAAUCUGUGUCGACUAAGAACUUUGGGUUUCCCUCUGAGCAUACUCUUUUUGAUGCUGUCGUGAUUGAUGAAGCUGCUCAAGCUCUGGAACCUGCUACCCUCAUUCCUCUUCAACUUUUAAAGUCAAGCGGGACCAAAUGUAUUAUGGUUGGCGACCCAAAGCAGCUUCCAGCGACAGUUCUCUCUAGUGUUGCCAGUAAAUUCCAAUAUGAAUGCAGCAUGUUUGAACGUUUACAAAAGGCUGGUCAUCCUGUCAUUAUGUUGACCAAACAGUAUAGAAUGCACCCUGAAAUAUGUCGGUUUCCUUCUUUGCAUUUUUAUGAUGGAAAGCUGCUAAAUGGUGAUAAAAUGUCGAGCAAGUCAGCUCCUUUUCAUGAAAUUGAGGGUCUUGGGCCAUAUGUAUUUUAUGACAUUGUUGAUGGCCGGGAGCAUCGUAGUAAGAAUUCAGGUGCAUUGUCCCUUUACAAUGAAAAUGAGGCUGAUGCUGCAGUUGAAGUUAUUAGGUUUUGCAAGAAAAGGUUCCCAUCUGAAUUUAUUGGUGGAAGAAUUGGGAUCAUAACUCCAUAUAAAUGUCAACUCUCACUUUUACGUUCUCGUUUUUCAAGUGCAUUUGGAUCUUCUGUCGUAGAUGAUGUGGAAUUUAAUACAGUUGAUGGUUUCCAAGGUCGGGAGGUUGAUAUACUUAUACUUUCCACUGUUAGAGCGGGGGAGCCUAGCUCUGCUUCACUUGGGAUCAACUCGAGCAGUAUUGGGUUUGUUGCUGAUGUGAGAAGGAUGAAUGUUGCAUUGACAAGAGCCAAGCUUUCUCUCUGGAUCUUGGGUAAUGCCAGGACUUUGCAGAAAAACCAUAAAUGGGCUGCCCUUUUGAAGGAUGCUAAAGAGAGAAACUUGGUUAUUUCUGUUAAAAUGCCGUACCAGUCCAUGUUUAAAACAGCCGAUUAUAAAGAUGCUGUUCCAGGAAAUUCUUAUAAUCAUUCAAGACAGCAGAAGCAUGUUGAAAAGGGUAAAGAUGCUAGCCAGCAUGCAAAACAAAAUGAGAGCACUGUAAAGCGAACCUUUGGAAGGAAAACAAAAUAUGCAGGCUAUGCAGAUCAGAGUAAAAGAACAGGUGUAGAAGAUGAAAAAGAUCUGCCAGCAAGUAGAGAAAAUAUGCUAAAUAACAGAUGUGCCAAAGAUGAAGAUGAUUUUCUAAUAAAGAAAGAUUCAUCUUUAGUUGCAGAUGGUAACAACAGAAUCUCUGAGGAUGUUGAGUCUGCAAUCUCAGGGAAACGUGUUACAGGUGGUGAAAGAAAAGGCAAAGAGAGUAGUGAAAAGAAAGUGAGAUUAGGGAAUACUCAUAUGAGCAAGCGGAAAGUUAAUUUUGAAAAUUCUAUGAGUAAUCCAGACCACUCUAGACGAGAAUUGGGUGAUAGUCAUAACCUUUUGAAAUCACAAGCGUCCAAAAGACCAAAAAAAUCUUUUGAAGUAGAUAGAGGCCUGGGGAAUCAGGAAGUUGCCGCUCCUUUAACUGAAGGCAGCCUGAAGGAGAGAGAUGUAAAUCAUAGAGGUAAAGCCCCGAGUCAGGUAGGCCCUGGAGAUUUGAUUGCAAAAAGGAAACAACAACGUGAAGCUGUUGAUGCUAUUCUUUACUCUUCUCUGAUAUCAUCUAAGAAGCCUGAAGCAUCGAUGAAACCUGUGCCUGCUAAUAGGCCUCUUUCCUCAUCAUCAACUGUUGGUGGUGGCAUAAAACCAGCCAAAACAAGAAAAGUUGCACCAGCAUCUUCAAUUAGUGCAUCACAAGAUCAGACCCAUCAGCGUCGCAGGAAGAGAGAUAAAUCUUUACGCUCCCAGGACAUGAGUGAAGCUUGAAGUACCAUAUAUUGAUCUGGUUCUGUAAAGGAAGCCUUGUGAUCAAUUGUCUAGCUAAGCAGGAACUGGAAAGGAGAAUUAAGGCCCUGUUGGUGUGCCAAUAGUAAGGUAAUUAGUGGAAUUCCUUCUCAGUAUCCAAAUAUCCAAUGUAUCUGGGAUGAAUUUCUUAUAAAGCUGCUGGUCCUUUUAUUGAAAAUGAUUCCUCAAUUGCUGGUACUGCAUCAGUUGUAUCAAGUAGCAGGUCACUGUAUAAGAUGCAAAUGGUUUGAAAUUUUACACACACACACACAUAGGUAUUCUACUGGUUAUUCAGUUAAAAUAGUCAUUUGUGAUGAAAAAUUGCUCAUGGUCUAGAAAUAGGACUGAUUUUGCUGGAAAGGAGGUAGUUCAAAACCUUUGUACUUGUCCCAUUUUAACAGUUUCUUUUCCGAACCAAAUAAAUUGUGGUGCAAUACAGGGAUACAGCAUCAUGCUUUUGCUAGUGAUGGCUGGCUUCAGUUUUUACCAUUCUAUAUUUUGCAUGUGAAGAUUGUGAAGCAUUAUAAAGAAUCUUGGGCUCUCAAAUGGUGAUCGGAUGCUGAGUUGCCUAGCAUUUUCCAGGCAAUUGGCUUUAGAACCUGCUGCCACUUGCAGGAACUGUUUUCGACCCUUGCAGGAACUCCCAGACAUUGUCCUGCAAUUAUUGAUGCCUGCUCUGCAUUACGUGUUAUCGUCAUUCACAUUUGUGCCUCUGGUGUGUGUCUUCUUUUUUACUGCCGGUGUUAUCAUUCCCAUUCCCGUUGUUUGCUACUGAAUUGUGUGAAACCAGUAACUCGAAGGGAUAUGCGCGAGAAGCAUCGAGUUCAUUCAGAAGGAUAUGGGCCAGCCUAUUACGUGAACAAGCAUACUGUUGAGAGAAUUUCUUUUUGACCUUUGAGAGUGCAAGGAUGAUCAUUCAGGGUACUUGUGAUAAAGAAUAUGAUACUGUUAUCUAUCCAUGACCUAGAUAUCCGUAGGUCAGUUGCCAGGCUCUCUCACACUCUCUCUCAUGUGAUCUUUUUUGUUUGUUUGUUUUUGUUUUGUUUUGUUUUGUUUUUUUUUUAUAUUCGUAGUUACUGUUUUGGGAAGCUUAUGAUGGAUAAUAUUGUAAAGAGAAAUGAUAGUCAGCAUUCUCACGUAGCAUUGUAUUUUUGUUUUUGUUUUUUUUUUUUAAAUUACAAGUGGAUGUAAAUGUGUUAUAUAGACAAGAAUGCUAAGAGAAUGCUACUUGAGAAUGCUUACUAUCUUUUCUUUAUUGUAAAUUUGAGGUUUUGCUGUUGCAAGAAGGGGAUUUGGUUUA